AUGACAUGUAAGGUUGCCGAUGAUAGGAUGUUCAGUGAGGAUAUUCAGCUGAGGACCGAGUUUAGGUUGUACAAUAUAAUGCCGGGGAACCAAUUUCGGAGUCGAAUUCUCCAUUAUUGCCACUCAAAGCAUAUAACCGGAUAUAUGAUACUCACCCACGACGGUCGUCGAGCAUUUGGAGUUAUGGAUGGCAAGCGGAAAGAUUUAAACCGGAUGAAGCACUGCCUCCUGAGUUUCUUCAUUCCAGAACCAUUUUCCCAACGAGUCAGUUUCUCGGCCUACGAGAUAUGCGUCAAUCCGAGCAAAGAGGACUUUAAUAUUAAGUAUAGCGUGCCUAAAGACGCCACAUUCCUGGGAGAUCUGCAGGAGGACUGCUUCCUGAGGUCCAAGGAUGAAAAAAAGGAACCGCCAGAGGAAACCGAGGAAUCUAGAGCCGUGCUCGCUGAAUAUGCCGACUUCUAUAACGCAGAAUAUUUCGACAAUUGUGCUUCGACGGUGGAUACCGAAAGCUAUGGCUAUGUAAGCUCACUGGCCGAUUCUGUUUCGUCGCAGUGA